GUCUGAAACAAUGGCUGUCCCGAAGAGCCCCCACCACAGUUAAUGACAAACGUCUUUACCGCUAAACACUCCUUACUUUUCUGCAACUCCUCGUUCCUCACUCCAAACCACUAUUUCACCUUCUUCUUCUUCGAUUUUCCCAUCGAUCCAUUUCCUAAUCAGUCAAUUCUGAUCCCCAAUCGGUUUUUUAGAACCCUAAAUUUUGAAUUCGGCGGGAAUUGCUCUGUUCCACGUUUCGCUGAUCCGGUGUUUGAUACUUAAUUUCAAGUUCUUGCAUCUUUUUUGGGUCGAUGGCUCUUCAUUCUGGCGCAUUCUGCUUCCAUGGGUUUCCUACUGUUGCACAUGAAUCUUUGAGACGCAGACAAUGGGUGGUGAAAUCUUCUGGGUUUUUGCGGUCUCGUGUAGUUUCUAAGUCCCAUUUGAAAGUCAAAGUGAAGGCAUUUUCGGGAGAUGGCGGUUUGGUGGAGUCGAACGAUUCGUCUCUUGUAGUUUGUUUUGGAGAAAUGUUGAUUGAUUUUGUCCCUACAACUAAUGGACUGUCUUUAGCUGAGGCACCUGCAUUCAAAAAGGCUCCAGGUGGUGCACCUGCUAAUGUUGCCGUUGGCAUAGCUCGUCUUGGUGGCUUGUCUGCUUUUAUAGGCAAGGUUGGUGCAGAUGAAUUUGGCUACAUGCUUGCUGAUAUCUUGAAGGAAAACAAUGUGAGCAAUGAAGGGAUGCUAUUCGAUCCUGGUGCGCGAACUGCUUUAGCGUUUGUUACGUUGAGGAAUGAUGGGGAACGCGAGUUCAUGUUUUAUCGCAACCCUAGUGCUGACAUGUUACUUCAGGAGUCUGAACUCAAUUAUGAUUUAAUCAAGAAGGCAAAGAUCUUUCAUUAUGGUUCUAUCAGUCUUAUUACUGAACCAUGCAAGUCCGCUCACAUCGCUGCCGCAAAAGCUGCGAAAGAUGCCGGUGCCGUUCUUUCCUAUGAUCCUAAUUUGAGGCUCCCUCUGUGGCCGUCUGCAGAGAGUGCCAUUGAAGGGAUUCUAAGCAUAUGGGAUAUUGCUGAUAUUAUUAAGAUAAGUGAAGAAGAGAUUAGUUUUCUGACAAGGGGAGAAGAUCCAUUUGAUGAUGCUGUUGUUCGUAAACUGUUUCAUCCAAAUCUUAAAUUGCUGCUGGUCACUGAAGGUCCUGGUGGUUGUAGAUAUUAUACCAAGGAAUUCAGUGGAAGAGUGAAGGGUCUAAAGGUAGAUGCAGUUGACACCACUGGUGCAGGGGAUGCUUUUGUUGCUGGCAUUUUGUCUCAGCUAGCCACUGACCUCUCUUUGCUUCAGAAGGAAGACAAACUUAGAGAUGCUCUGCUGUUUGCCAAUGCUUGUGGUGCAUUGACUGUUAUGGAAAGAGGGGCCAUCCCUGCUUUACCAGACAAAGACGCUGUUCUUAAUGCAAUCUUCAAAACUGUGUCCUAAGCCCUUUGUCUUACUAUCUAUAUCUGUAUGUAUAAUAAUACUCGAGACUUCAUUUCCACAAAUUUUGGGCAGAUUUUAGCUUCUCCUCUCAAUUGUUUCGGCUGUAAGAUACUGUGAAGUUGUUGUUGUUGUUGUUUCAGUAGAUUGGAUGUUCCAUUGUAUUGAAUGGCCACAUAGAAGAUAAAUGCUUUGUCUA